AUGAACGAAAGAUAUCAAGGAUCAUACCGGCUCGGACGUCGCCCGGGUGAACAAGGUCCGCGUCCUCUGUCGAGGAACCAGGACAGAGUCGAAAAAUCGGCAACUGGAACAACCACUCACAAAAAAAUAGCAAGAACACCGACACCAAAGACACCAACAAUAAAAACAAUAUCAACAACAACAACACCAAAGACAUCAACAACAAAAACAAUAUCAACAACAAC